GUGCCGCUCUUGCCGUGCGUGCAGGCCGGCGGGGCGUGGAGGGGAGGCCGAGUCAUAUGACCGCUCUCUCGGCUUCCUGGCUCCGGCCGCUGCCGCCGCCGCCGCCUCUGCGUGUUUCCCUGUCUGUGUCCCUGUCUCCGUCCCCGUCCGCGUCGCUUCCCGGGGCCGGCCGAGCCGUUGGCGUGUGGGAUCCGUGUCGCUCGCGUGGAAGCCGCCCGCCCUCGCCAUCAUGUUGGCGCUCAUCUCCCGGCUCCUGGACUGGUUCCGCUCGCUCUUCUGGAAGGAAGAGAUGGAGCUGACGUUGGUGGGGUUGCAGUACUCGGGCAAGACCACCUUCGUCAAUGUCAUCGCGUCAGGUCAAUUCAGUGAAGAUAUGAUCCCAACAGUGGGCUUUAACAUGAGGAAAGUAACUAAAGGUAACGUCACAAUAAAGAUCUGGGACAUAGGAGGGCAGCCACGAUUCCGAAGCAUGUGGGAGCGAUACUGCAGAGGAGUUAAUGCAAUUGUUUACAUGGUGGAUGCUGCAGAUCGUGAAAAGAUUGAAGCUUCUCGGAAUGAGCUGCAUAAUCUUCUGGACAAACCACAGUUACAAGGCAUUCCAGUGCUAGUACUUGGAAACAAGAGAGACCUGCCUAAUGCCUUGGAUGAGAAACAACUAAUUGAAAAAAUGAAUCUCUCUGCUAUUCAGGACAGAGAAAUUUGCUGCUAUUCAAUUUCUUGCAAAGAAAAGGAUAAUAUAGACAUCACUCUUCAGUGGCUUAUUCAGCAUUCGAAAUCUAGAAGAAGCUGAGAUCUCCAACCCCUGGAGCCCGUUCCCCCCCACCCCGCUGGCUGUGAUCCCAGACUUGUCGUCCAUUCUUCUGACGUGCUACCCAGAAUAUGGUCCUUCCUACAUCCAAGAAAUGGCCUCUUGUCUGAGUUAAUUUCUCCUGUGCACUGCUGGAGACGUGUAUCCUUCACCUGUCACAAAGCAUCACCUAGAGUUGUCAUGAUAAAGUCAGCACAAAAAGGCUUGUCACAAACAGCACACAGAGCUGUUGAAGCAAUCUUGGCCAUCUUAAAUCAAGGAAAUUGCAUAUUUCAAUUUGGGUCAUUCUGGCCAGAUUUUUAUAUUGAUUUUCAGCAAGUGUUUAUGAUAUUUAAUUAGAUUUCAGUAGCUUGAUACUGAGACAGCAUGAGGAUUCUAGCACCACCUACAGUAUUUAGAAACCCUUUAAGCCUGACUCCUGUGGGAUAGAAGCCUAUUGUUUCUUUGUCUUAUCUCACACAUGCAUGUGAAAUGUAUAUUUAAGCCAUAGAAAUGGAAAUUGUCUAAAGGAGACACAAAAGGCUCAUUGAGGUCAAUGUCACUAUUUCUCUUCUCAAUUGAUGAGAUCUUAUCCAGGGAUUUUUAGAAAUGAACUCUUUUCUGGUGAUACUUAAAAGCCACAUACAGAGUGGUUAUAAUGGGGGGGAGAAACUAAGGCAUGUUGUUUUGUAGCUGUCCAGAUCAUUACCUGUAUUUUUUUUUUUUUUUUUUUUUUUUUUUGGGUUUAACACUUUUUUAAGGGGAUGGGAAUUGACUUUCUCAAAAACUUUCAAGGGUUUAGAACAUUCCAGUAAAAUAAUAACUUACAAAGAAUGUUACUUUGUUCAAAGCCCUGUAUGUUUUUCUAUCUCCAUGUCAUUAAAUCAGUGCUGGUGCAUGACUCUCAAACUAUUGAAUUUUUGUAUCCAGUCAUAGUAGGACUUUCAGCACAAAAGAUCCCUAUAAAAAUUGUCGCGUUUUUGUCUCCCUUACUUAUUUCAGGCCUGGUACCACUUUGCCUGGUUCCCCAGACAUCUUGGUUAUUGUGACAACUCUAGACCUGCUUGCUCUUGUAAUGUAAUCAUGCGCCAUGUGGACAGGUUGUAGGUCGUCUGAGACAGGUGUUUAAGCACAAGAGAGCUGAUUAAUUGAUCCUGUUAAUUGAUUCACUUCUAUAAGGUAGAAAUGGGUGGGUUAAAACUAAAAAUGGACAUGUUUUUGUAGCUUAGUAAUCUCUGUAUAUUUAAAGGGACACACAUGUUAAUUCUGAUCCAUUCGUAAAAUAUUGAUGUAGACCACUGUAGGAGAUAAAACUCUCUGGUACACCUGCUUAUGUGUUGCCUCACACUGUGUGUGAUUUUUUUUUUUUUUUAGCAGCACUUAAAUAUAGACAGUGCAUUUCCAAAAUCGUUGAGCACUCAAAGUGUGGUCAACAAUGACUUCUUUUAACAAGUACCCAUUUUAAUUUAUAGACUGCCAUGGCCUUAAUAUUCUGUACAAACUACUGCACCAUGUUGCACACACACUACUUGGUUUUUCUCCAUUUACUUUUUUUUUUUAAGAGAAAAAUUGGGACUUUAUGAAAUUGUCUUUUUUGUCCCCUCCUCUCCCCCCCAUUUAAAGCAUGUUGCAUAUUUUCUGGAUGAUUUUGGCGCUAUGGGGGUCGGGUUUUGUUAGAUAUGGGGAUAUUAACUUGCUGCUAUAGUUGAACAUUUUUAAUGUUCACUAUGAUUUGCGACAGUUAAUUUAGCAACUUGCUUGUGCCUAAAAAGGAGGAAACUGAACUAAAAUGCGUGAAUCUCUACGUGGGGACCAGGUCACAUUUUAUUAACUGACCUAUAGCCAAACUUGAAGUGUUUGUGUCGAAAUCAUUGCUUUUCAGCAUUUUAAGGCAUCCAGACACUACUAUUACCAACUGUUUCCCUGUGCAUUUAUUAACCUUUGCAUGUGAAAACUUACAUAGUUAUUGAACUUUGUAAAUAAGUGAAUUUUUUUAUUUAGGUGGAUGCAUCUGUCUGUUUACUGCAUUUCUCAGCUUAAUUCAAUAAACUUGCGUUUCAAGGGUUGUAUUAGCAAUUUUAACUUGCUGAAUUGUUCAAAAUGUGAAUCAUGAUGGAAGAUGCUGACUUUAUUGAAGAAAGGAUGUAAAGACACAGUUAACACAAGGUCCAGAGAUCCAGGGUUGGAAAGAUUGUUAACCCUCCAAAAAAUUGGGUUGUAGGCCAAUAAAAAUCGAAAUAAACCUUUUAAAAUAUAUAACCCACCAAA